GUGAUGUUCCGCAAAGAUCCGAUUUCGUGUCUCCAUAUAACGGCGAAGCCUUUCAUCCUCCGCCGAACUACUUCGCGGAAUUCCAACAUUUCGGGACAUUUCGAAGAAAUAACGCACGGUCUGCCGCACCGGAAACAAAACCUCCUCCCCUCCGUAGCCUCGCAAUCCUGGAAUCCGUGCUCCGCAGCCCCGCAAUUCAAAAAACCUGGCCUGAAUGGAUUUCGGACACGCCCACGAAGCUCGUCCACUUCCAGGUUUCGCUGCUCGUCGACUUCGUCAACUUGCUCUGCUGCAAGUAAGCAGGGCGCCCUCGACGACCGAAACACUCCUACCGAAGUUCGUCCACCGUGAGUUUUCAGGCGUGAGGCGACUUGUUGCAUGGAAUGGAUGUAGUCAUCCGCGCUCUCUCCCGGCUGUUGCUCACGCUGAAGUAGCUCAGGCAUCCUUUCGUGGUGACCACGGAACCGAUCCAUCGAAGCCCUGCGCAGCUGGGCCCAAGUGUCCACUCUGGAUUGGCGUACGUGUACCCAAUUCCACUCCUUCGCUCUGCCGGAUAGGAGUACGUGGAAGUUCCGCAGAACUUCGUUCCACG